AAGUGUAUCUAAUCGAAGUAAAAGAAGAAGAAAAUAUUGGAAUAAACAUAGCAGUUAAUAAGAAAAGCUAUGUAAGUCUACAAUAGAGUAAUAAUAAUAACAACCAAAUAAUGUGAUAAUUAAAAAACAAUAAAUAACAAGAACUACAAGGGCACGACUAGUCUUAUGAAAGGCACUAAACAUUAACAAGUCAAAACUACACUCUACCCUUACUAGCCUUUACCUAAUAUGCAACCUCUCUGCGUACCCCCUACAUCCAACCUCUCACACACCUCCUCACUGGGGUGUCGACGCACCUCUUCUGUAAAUGUAUAUGAUGCCCAAACCAUCUAGUCUCGCUCCCUCAUCUUGUCCGGUACAAAGGCCACCACUCCCACCUCCUGAAUAACCCCAAUAUUUCUAAAUCUUGCCACUUCUAGUAUUUCCACACAUCCUUCUCUUAACAACAUGCAUCUUCUAAACAUGUGAAUUCUUCAUAGACCGAUACUCCACUUCAUACAACAAGAACAACCUAAUCACUACUUCGUAGAAUUUACCUUUAAAUUUAAGUGGUACCUUCUUAUCACACAAGACUCCAUAGACAAGCCUCCAUUUCAUCCAUGCUAUAACAAUGCAGUGUCUAAACAUCAUUAUCGAUGUCCCCACUAUCAUGAAUAAUGGACCCCGAGGUAUUUAAUAACAAACACCCUAUUCUUUUUUAAUUUUAUAAUUUUUAUGUCCAAACGCACACAUACUGAUACAUGUUAAAAUUCACAUUAUGAGAGGCAAGUCCAUCUGCAUUAUAAAAGUAAACUUUAUUGUUGUUACUUAUUAGACUCUCUCUUUCCAUAAGGCAAUUGCAGAGACAACAAUCACUGGAAAAUACAAAGAGCAACAAAGACAGAGAUAGAGAAAAAAAAGUUUAAAAAAAAACAUAUACACACACAAACAAAGAGAAAGAGAACAAAAAAAAAUUUCAUUUGUUUGAAGUGAAAAGGAUAGCUGAUGAGAGGCUUUGCAACCUUUUCCGACCUGCAAUUCUAUGAGAAUCAGAAGCCAAUUGCAACAAAAGAAGGAGGUGGAUGAAUAGAUGAGAUGGUUACACGUUUCAAUUUUUGAACCAUUUGUUUGAAUACUCCAAUGUCUCAAGAGUAUCAUCACCAAGGUCUUGCCUCGAAUGAAUUCGAGAGACCUCAAGACCAACACCACCACCAGCAACAACAUAUUGGCCAACAGAUCCAACAGGAAAAAUUAAGAGUAGAACAAGGCUUCGAGCCACGGGGAGGAGAAUCAAGUGGAAUCCAAGUUUAUGAGACAGACGGGAUGUUGUCUGAAAUGUUCAAUUUUCAGACAACGUCCACGGCUGCUAUGACUGCAACUGAGUUGUUGCAGGAGCAAUUGUCACAUUCGAAUCAACAACCACAUCAUCAACCGUGGUUUGGUAACAGACAAGAGAUUGUAGUUGGUGGAAGUUUGCAGGUACCAUUUGGGGAUAACACAAAAGAUGAUGUGAAUGCGAAGGUGUUGAGUAAUCGUGAUAGUGUAACUGCUUAUUAUCAGCGUCAGCACAAUCAAGUACCAAGUAUAAGUACCACGGAGUCCAUGCAACUUUUUCUUAUGAAUCCACAACCAAAUUCACCGUCACAAUUAUCUACUCCUUCAGCUCUUCAUCAAGGGUUUACUAGCCCGGUCGGAGGGCAUUUUAGUCAAUUCAUGUGUGGAGGAGCAAGCACUUCUUCAAAUCCAAUUGGAGGAGUAAAUGUGCUUGAUCAAGGGCAAGGUCUUUCAUUGUCCUUGUCAUCUACUUUACAACAUUUGGAAGCAUCCAAAGUGGAGGAUUUGAGGAUGAGUAGUGGAGGAGAAAUGUUGUUUUUCAAUCAAGAAAAUCAAAAUCAUCAUAAUAUUAGUUUUGGGUCAUCACUAGGACUAGUCAAUGUGUUGAGGAAUUCAAAAUAUGUCAAAGCUACACAAGAGUUGUUAGAAGAGUUUUGUUGUGUUGGGAAGGGUCAAUUGUUCAAGAAAAUCAACAAAGUUUCUAGGAAUAUUACAUCACCCACUAUUAACCCUAGUGGAAGUAAUAACAAUAAUUCAUCUUCUUCAAAGGAUAUUAUCCCUCCUAAUUUGUCAACUGCAGAUAGACUUGAUCAUCAAAGAAGGAAGGUCAAACUUUUAUCCAUGAUUGAUGAGGUAGACAAAAGAUACAACCAUUAUUGUGAACAAAUGCAGAUGGUUGUAAACUCAUUUGAUUUAGUCAUGGGAUUUGGAGCUGCAGUUCCUUACACAUCACUAGCACAUAAAGCCAUGUCUAGGCAUUUCAAGUGUUUAAAAGAUGGGGUGGGGGCGCAAUUGAAGAAGACAUGUGAGGCAUUAGGUGAAAAAGAUGUAAGCAAUACUACUAGUUCAGGGCUGACUAAAGGAGAAACACCAAGGCUUAAGUUGCUUGAACAAAAUUUGAGACAACAAAGAGCUUUUCAACAAAUGGGAAUUGUGAUGGAACAAGAAGCUUGGAGACCACAAAGAGGAUUGCCCGAACGAUCUGUCAAUAUUUUAAGAGCUUGGCUUUUCGAACACUUUCUACAUCCGUAUCCAAGUGAUGCAGAUAAGCAUCUUUUGGCACGACAGACUGGUCUCUCCAAAAACCAGGUAGCAAACUGGUUCAUAAAUGCUAGGGUAAGAUUGUGGAAACCCAUGGUAGAAGAAAUGUAUCAAAGAGAGGCUAAUGAAGAUGAUGACAUGAACAGUAGAAAUACACAAAGACCAACGCCUGAUAUUACUACAACCAAUUCUAAGAUUACAGAAACAAAAUCAGCUGCUGCAACUGAAAAUGACCCUUCAAUGAAUACACAUUAUUCAUCCUCUAUGCAAACUCAAUUAAACAAUUCUCCCACUAUUCAACAUGAGUCCCACCGCAGCGGAGCCGAAUACGACGGGACCACUGAUAUUGGAUCCAAAAUUAUGACAUUUGGGACCACCACGCCUGCUGAUGUUUCUCUUACUUUAGGACUGCACCAUGCUGGAAAUUUACCUCAUUUUUAUAAUUAAUUCAACUAGUUUAUUCCAACCAUACUACAUAAUAUAUAUAGUCACGUAACUAAUUUACAUGCA